UCUCUCUCUCUCUCUCUCUCUCACUAAAUUUAGCAGCUUCAGUAUUAUACUUCUGGUUUUUUUCCAGAUCCUUCAAAUCCAGUGAAAAUGAAGAAAGUUGUGUUGAAGUUGGACGUACACGAUGACAGGUCCAAGAAGAAAGCCAUGAGGGCAGUCUCAGGGAUCGAAGGGCUAGAUUCGAUCUCCAUGGACAUGAAGGACCAGAAGCUGACAGUGACUGGGGACAUAGAUCCAGUAGACUUGGUGAGCAAGUUGAGGAAGCUAUGCCGCACUGAGAUAGUAUCGGUAGGACCAGCCAAGGAGGAAAAGAAGAAGGAAGAGCCAAAGAAAGAGGAACCCAAAAAAGAUGAGAAGAAGAAAGAUCCCAAAGAUGAACUGGCUGAGUAUCUCAAGCUCUACGGUCAAUGCCCACCAGUGAGUACGCAUUAUUAUGUUAGAAGUAUGGAGGAGGAUCCCAAUUCCUGUGUCAUCUGCUAAUCGAUCUACUAAUUAAGGGUUAGAAAAGAUUGAAGCCAAGAUGAAUAAUGGGGCAGAUCGAUAAUUUUGAAUUUUGAUAAUGUUCUAAAAAAGAGAGAAGCUGCCAUAUUGUACAGUACGGGCCUACGGGGGUGAUUUGCUUUGUUAAUUUCUUUCAUUUCUUUGCUGUUGAACUUGGAAUAUGAAACUAGAAGGAAAAUAAGAUAGCUUAUGUUAGAGGCU